AUGACACUUCUCUUAAGGUUGUCGGGAAUGACGCUUCUCUUCAGAAUGUCGGGAAUGACACUUCUCUUCAGGUUGUCGGCAAUGACACAUUCUCCUCAGCACUACGGGCUUUUCGGGUUGGUAGUGAAUAACUACUGGAUAGGAUUUUCACUGCUUUUUGCGUUUGAACUUCUAGGAAUUCUCCUGUCAUAUGUGUUCGUUCUGCAGAACCCCAACAAGAAGUUGUUCCCGUUAGAUUUUAAAGGCGUCCCUAUACAUCUAAAAGAUGAUGUUACAUAUACGAGAAUGGCAGCGUUGUCCUUCUUAUAUCGCGACCAUAGAAUCUUGCCCCGCGAAAAGAAUAAAAUUAGCUUCUUACCAUCGGCACGGCCUCGUCGCAGCCUUUCCGUGAUCUACACGGGUGAGAAUGUGCUCAGUAAAGAAUGUCUACAGGCUAUUGACGAUAUAGAGCGUUGGUUGACAGGCUCCAAAGGGUGGGAAAAUGUUUCUUUAACUGAUAAACAUGGUGUCAUUAAGAAACCUAACUCUGUACUCAGAUAUUUUGAUGGCACGUUCGGUUCAAAUUUGAAUGAUACAAAAUUUGCCAACAUUCCCAAGAUUUUGCAUGCUGUUUACAAUGAAACCCAACUGAAGGAUGAUCUUGAGAAGCUAAUAUCUAAAGAUGCUAUCAUUUCACCAACUAUAGCGAAGUCAACACUGACAAGGUCGAUUUUUACAAUAUCGAGAGAAGCAUAUCCAGGAAUGGCGGCAGAAAAUUACUGGGAAGCGGCCUUUGCAGAAAAAUUAGUGGAUCUAGAGAAUAAUGGGCGUGCAGGAAUGAAAAUUUAUUAUUUUAAUGAAGAUAUGAUGUUCUCUGAGCUUAUGAAGCAGGUAGAAAAAGAUAUCUUUUUGGCCUUCGGUUCCUUUCUGUUCAUUCUCUUUUUUGUGUUGGUGCAAACGCAGUCUGUCUUCAUUACCGUGUUCGGCAUCAUGAGCAUUAUUUUCAGCUUUAUGUGGACCAACUAUAUUUAUAGAGUCAUUCUGGAUCACACUUACUUUGGUAUAUUUCACGCCAUGUCCAUAUUUAUCAUUCUGGGUAUCGGCACUGACGACUUGUUUGUCUACUACGAUAUGUGGCGAACCACGGCUUGCAUGGACCUUAAUACUACCCAGAGGAGAUUCACCUUCUGCUUCAGGCACGCCUCAAUGUCUAUGCUGAUCACAUCCCUGACAACAGCUGCCGCUUUCGUAUCCAACGUCUUUACACCAUUGUACGGCAUCUGCAGUUUUGCUGUCUUUACAGCCAUCCUUGUGAUGACUAACUAUGUAUCUGCCGUGCUCUUCUUCCCGAUGUGUGUUCUUGUAUACCACAAUAACAUAGCCAGGUGUCCGUGGCCGUGGAAGUACUUCUAUCCCGCUCCAAUAACAGACACCGCCAAGAGACUGCAGCCAAACUGUAUUGUAAAGUUUUUCAAAGGUCACUUUUACUCACUUAUCAGUCACAAAGUCUUCAAGUGGGUCUUUAUCAUUGGCUGCACGGGAAACGGUGUGCUCUUUGCAAUCCUAGCAAGUCGACUAGAGAUCUCGGAAAAGAAUGUUCAGUUUUAUAGAAAUGGGUACAACUUUCAAGAAGCCUUGAAACUGGAAGAGAGCGGUUUCAAACAAAGACUGCAAGAUGCUCGUCUCAAAAUCUAUAUUGUGUUCGGUUUGAAAGAGCAAGACAUGUCCAGUUGUCGCGUACAUGAUUAUAAUUGUUUAGGAAUUUAUAGGUAUGAUGAGUCUCUAGAUCUUAAUCCCAUUCCUGCACAGAUUGCCCUUUUAAACGCAUGUCGUAUGCUAAAAACAUUAGACGGCCAUCCAAACCUUCAUUUGGCUAAGGAUAAACGAACCAAACAAAAUGAAGUUGUUUGCCUGUUGGAUAAUAUGAACCAGUUCUACACAACGCACGGGCUGGACAGUAGUCUGUUUAAACAGCCAGUGAAUCUGUCACUUCCUGUGUCUGGCAUCAAGUUCCUGAACAUUGCCCAGGUUCGUCGUGACUUGUAUGCUGACAAUGUCACCAGCGGGGAUUUUUAUCGUUUCUUCGAGACGGCAGUCUCCUACUGGCUCACCAACGCAUACACGGGCGACUACGAAACGGGAGCCAACUUUACUGGCGACGUGGAGCUUUCAGAACUUCUGGGAGUUGCCCAUAGUGAAGACAGUGCUCCUGUGGUAAGCGCUCCUCACGAGGUUUAUGGGAACAAACUGAGGUAUUUAAUUAUUCCCAUAAUCACACGUCUGGUCGAUGGGAUGACAGAUUUUGAGACAGGUCUGGCAGCUUUCGAUGCUUGGGAGAAUUUUACUAAGUCUUUUAUGUCAAAGCUGCCGGCCUCAAUACAGGGUUUCCAGACCACUGAGAAACCCGCCUGGCAUCAAUUUAAGAUGUUUAAGGUAUUGCAGGAGUCAGCCUAUAGGGGUAUCAUCCUUGGCACUAUUUUGGCGUUUCUGGUGUUAAUUCUGGCCACCCGUAAUGUCAUCCUCAGUUUCAUGGCUACCUUCAACAUUAUCCUUGUGAUCGUUACUUUCGCUGGCUGCAUUAAAUUACUUGACGUCAAGAUAUCAGUGAUCGAGUCGAUCAACUUAUCCCUGGUAGCCGGUCUGUCAGUCGAUUAUGUUGUGCAUCUGUCUGAGAGCUACAAUCAUGCCCCACACACUCUGAGAGAGCGAAAAACCAGAGACAUGUUGGAGCAAAUGGGAGUCUCAGUUUUAUCAGGGGCAAUCACCACAGCUGGAGCCGCUAGCUUCAUGAUCCACGCCCAAAUUUACUUCUUCUUUCAGUUCGGCCUCUUCAUUAUGCUAACAAUACUCCUAUCACUGUUUUACUCUCUGCUUUGGUUCACUCCGCUGCUGACGGUCAUUGGGCCUGAAGAAGACGCUGGUUCUUUAGUACCUCUAUUUCAAUGGAUACAGAAAAAGUGGCAACCAAUUCAGGAGGAGUUGCAUGCGGUGCAUGAAGAACAAAAGAAGAUGUCAUACAGCAGAAGCAUCUGUUACGACAGAAAUAUUUCUUGA